UAUCAGACUGUACACAAAUCCGACUUCUGAUCCAAAUCCAAUGCCAUUCAAUGCUCGUCUGCGAUUGUUGAAAGUUUAAACAAAUCGAUCAGAUCGGCGCACAAAAACAACGUCACCAUGGGCAAUAAAUCGUCGCUUUUCCUGCGGAACGAGGAGAUCGCGCAAAUCCAGGAGGAGACUGGCUUUACUCCCAACCAAAUUGAGCGCCUGUACUCGCGCUUCACCUCGUUGGAUCGCAACGACUGCGGAACUCUGUCCCGGGAGGAUCUGAUGCGCAUCCCGGAACUUGCCAUCAAUCCGCUGUGCGAGCGGAUAGUGCACUCCUUCUUUGCCGAGAGCAACGAUGAUCGGGUGAACUUCCGGCAGUUCAUGAACGUGUUGGCCCACUUCCGACCGUUGAGGGAUAACAAGCAGAGCAAGCUGAACAGCCGCGAGGAGAAGCUGAAGUUUGCCUUCAAAAUGUACGACCUGGAUGACGAUGGUGUGAUCAGCCGGGACGAGCUGCUGUCCAUUCUGCACAUGAUGGUUGGCGCGAACAUCAGCCAGGACCAGCUGGUGAGCAUCGCGGAACGGACGAUCCUGGAGGCGGAUCUGUGCUGCCAGGGCAAGAUCUCGUUCGAGGACUUCUGCAAAGCUCUGGACCGCACCGACGUGGACCAGAAGAUGUCCAUACGGUUUCUCAACUAGGGUGGAUUUAGGGAUCACGAGGAAAGAGCGAGCUUCUUAGUCAGUGUGUACCAAAUAGUUUAGGACGGAGUCAGUCGAGAGGCAUUUCGGUGGGUUACUUAAACCUCUGUUGAUUUUGAAAUAUUAAUUCAGUUGCUAUUAAACCAGUUGUUUUUAAAAUGAAAAAACGUCUCAAAGUGCUUAAAGCCAUUACAAAAAUAAUUUAAUGUAUUUUUAAGAUGUAAAAUUGUCAUUUCUUUUCAUUUAAAGAACACAGGUGCUACAGAAGUCUAGUGAAAAAGAUCCAAUAGUUUGGGUUCUGAAUCUAAAAUACGAAUCUUUGUGAUGACUUAAUAAAUUCCGAAAAUUCUUUGAGACUUUGGAAAGGUUAAUAUACUUUCUAUUAAAGCCUGUAAUGCUUUCUUUUGCUCAUCA